AUGAAGUUACAUCCUGGCAAUUUCGAUAUUAAGGAAAAACCGAACGCAGAAAGUGAUAGAAAAAAAUUUUUGCAUCGGUCAAUUCGUCGAAUUAAACAAAAUUUGUCAGUCCUGUCGAAAAAUGCGCCAGAUUACGCAGACAUAGCAAAAUCAUUAUUAGAAAAAGAAAUAAAUCCUUUAGAAAAACAAUUAAGUAAUUCUUUCACUCCCAUUCCUAACUUGAAUUUCAAAAUGCACCUGCAUUUUCUGAGCAAAUGGCAACAUAAAAAGUAUAUGUCGAGAAGAAGUGAAGAAUUGGAUAUAAGCAAUAAGGAACUUGAAGGAUCCUUAUCAUUAGUUGGUUUCAGCAAUCUAGAAUAUCUUACUCUCGAUAAUAACCAAAUCACUAGCCUAGACUUAAGUGAUUCUCCAAAAUUAAAAAUAAUAAAAUUAAAAAUUAAAAAUUUACCAAAUUUAGAAGAUCUAACUUGCCAUUAUAACCAAUUAACUGAUUUAAAGCUAA